UGUUAUUCGAUUGGAGAAAGGAACAUAAAAGGUUGUUAAUGUGUAAACAGCAGCCAUUAAUUUAAUAUCUCUGUCAUGGUGGACUACUGGUUGACCCGCUGACUUGGAGCUAACAGCUGGAACAUGUACUGAGUUUCAGACAGUAACGUUAUUUAAUAAAACAGGCUACCAGCUACUGGUGUGUUAAUGAGCAGUGAUGGAGUUGUCUCAGAGGGACAGGCUGUCAGAGCUGGUGGAGGAGCUGACCACAUCAGGACAGCCACAGCUCAACCAGGCCAGGAUGAAGGAAAUCAAGAAGAUCUGCAAAGGGUCCGAUGACUGCAUAAACCACGUGUACCACUCAGUGAUGUCUCAGCUCAACCAAGAACAUGCUGAGGUCCGACUGUCUGCCUUCCAGAUAGCCGGUGAGCUCUUCUCCAGAUCACACCAAUUCAGAACGCUGCUGGUGGACAACUUCCAGGAGUUCUUGGAGUUGACAGUAGAGACUGACUCGGAGCAGCCCCUCCCCCCUCCUAAGGAAGUAGCCAGGAAACUGAGGUCACUGGCCAUCCAGACUGUUCAGUCAUGGCAGGCCUCUUACGGGACAGCUUAUAAGAAGUUAGCCCUGGGCUACCACUUUCUCAAACAGGUUAAGAAGGUGGACUUCCAGGAUGCUGAGGCCAGGACGGUAUCAGAGAGGAGGAGGGAGGAGGACAGACAGAGGAAAAUGCAGAGGAUCUACAAGGAGAGAGUGGAGGCUGCCACCAAAGACAUGGAAGAGUCAUUCCAGGAAAUUGAGGCAACCUUGACAGAGAUGGAAUCCUGUAUGAGCCUGCUUUUCCCUGAGUUUGACCUUACAGACGUCCGAACAACCAACAGCUGCCCUCCCAACUCCCAACCAGCCAAUGAAUGUCCAUCAGUUGAUGAACAGCCCUGCUGCAGCAAAGACCUGAAGGAUGACACGAGAGAAGGAGUGAUACAAGAGAAGGAGGAGAGCAGGGAGGAAAAGAAAAGCAAUUGGGAGGAAAAUAAGGGAGAGGAGGAGGAGGAGGAAGAGGAGGAGAAGGAGGAGGAGGAGGAGGAGGAGGAGGAGGAGGAGGAGGAGGAGGAAGACAAUGAGGAAAGUAGCGAAGAAGAGGAGGGAAAGCCUCUUGAUCAAGACUUGUUUAUUCGGAACUCUGGGCUCAUCUCUCACGCCUACAGUCUGGACCUGAACCUCAGUCCUGGUCUUCAUGUUAAGGAGACAGAGGACAACGAGGCAGUGGUUUCCACAGUGAUAGACCUCCACAGACUGAUAACAACCAAACACCUACCAGCCGUGCAGAGCUGGGUUCAGGUCUUCACUAAGUCAGGUGCUGAGCAGCAGCUGUUAAGGAGAGCGCUGGAUCUGAAGACGUCUUUAGAAGCUGCCCUGCAGAAACACAAAGAGCUUCACAUUGACUACAAGACCAGGGUUCGCAAAGUGAUGAAGGUUUCUUCAGACGGAGAGGAAGAUGAUGAUGACGAUGAUGACGAUGAUUUUGAUGAGGUUCCAGAAAAAGAGGGAUAUGAGCCGCACAUUCCUGAGCAUCUACGAGCCGAGUAUGGUUUGGAUCCAACUCCUUCCACCUCAACAGCACCAGUCACGAAAAAACCUCCUGCUAAAAGACCUGCAGCUCCACCACCUCUGUCCACCUCCUCCUCUUUCUCCACCAGGCGGCUGAAGCGACUCAUAGAGGAGGAGCAGGAUCCAACAAGUGCAGCCGCCACACUGCUCAGCCUCAGACAGAAACUCCCUCUGCCAGCACCAUCCAGCAGCAGCUCCUCAGGUCCCAGUUCGUCUCAGUCCAGCUCAGACCAGAAGGCUGCUGAUGUUCCUGUGGUUCCAUUUGGUUUGGACCUGUACUACUGGGGAGAGGAGCAGCCCAAUGCUGGCAAGAUCAUCAAGUCGGCCUCUCAGCAUCAGUUCUGGGUUCCCAUUGAUGUGGACGAGGAGGUGGAGAACAAGGAGCUCUUGGCAGAGAGCAGGAGCAGAUACAUCACCUUCCCUGGGCGCUUCACUCCUGUCAGCCAUCACUGCAAAGCUCCACUGGGCAACGGAAAGCUGUGUCAGAGACAGGAUCGCCUCAAGUGUCCUUUCCACGGGCAAAUUGUUCCUAGAGACCAGGAGGGUCGACCCUGCAGUCGGGAGGACCGACUGAGGGAGGAGAAGGAGGAGUGGAGGAAGAGGGAGGAGCAGCCUGACUGGCGUGAUGCAGAGCUGAUGCGAGACAUCGAGGCGGCAACAGGAGAGGACCUGGGUUCUGACAGGGUGGGUAAAAAGGGAAAAAGGAAGAAGAAGAAGAAAUACCCCAACCUCAGCGAUCUGAAGCAGAACGCCAACACGGCCCGCUCCAGGCUGGAGAAAAAAGUCCUCAACAAGAGCGCCAUGCGCAGAGUAGCUGAGGUGAUGAGUAAAGCUGACAGUAGAAAACACGACAAGUUCUCCAACCAGUUCAACUACGCCAUCCACUGACCUCCAGCCAGCUAAAUAUGCACUCUGGACUGAAUGCUUCUGUUAGACUUCGACUUUUUUGAAAGAAGGAAAGAUUUAAUUUAUUGAUGUGCACAUACGGUAUAUGGAUCUGGUUAAGAGAUUAACACGAUUAAAUGAAACUGAUUUAAACUGCUUAUAACUGAAAAGUCUUGUCUGAAAAGCUUUUGAUGAGAAGGAAAUGUACAUACAGUGUUGUGCCUCUUCUGGCCAUACAUGUGCAGCUUCUAAUACAGAAAAUUACUUUUGGUCUCAUUUAUCGGCCAAAUUGUUAAUCUUAAUAUUGCCUUUAUAUCAGCCAAAUCCAGUUUUCCAUUUUGUAUAACUGAUUGACUUUUUUUUACUCUUGUUAUUCUUGUAUUUUCUAGUUGAAUGUGUUGUUUGUAUUAGUUUUGUGUUUUUGAGGAUUAAUUAAAUUAAAGUUGUGAAUGAACGUGAUGCAGGUUUGUACCAGAAGUAAACUGUAAAUCUCUCUCCUCAA